AGCGGAUUGUGGUUCUUUAUUUGUCGUUUGUUUUAGCUACUACUGAACUGCCAAAACACGAUACUACUAAACAAAAGCAGAAUAAAUCUCUUAUUAAUGAUAAUGAUGGAAAUUAAUUUCAAUUUAUCCCGGAUAAGUAUGUAACAAAUUUACCACCUGUUAAACUUUCUGUAUUUGCAAAAGAAGCCUUAUCUCUCGCAUUUAAUUUAUCCGUUGCACAUGCCAAAACCUCUGAUUUAUCGAUAGAUGCUCAAUUUGAAAAUAUCUAUGAUCAAUUCAACCCUCUGGUCCCAACCGCUUUAUAUGAACAACAUUGGUUAAAGGUGAAAUUGGUUGAUAUUGGCCACCACGUUCACGGCUCUCAAAUCAAAUACAACAAUAUCUUGACUGCUAAACAUUUUGCUACCUUACAAAACCUCCAAAAUGUCACGUUUGUCAGUUAACCACAAGCUAGAGACCAUUGUAUCAUUAGAUGCAAAAACAAAAGAACUGAUUGUUCAAAUUGAAAGUAUCAGUAAAGGAAUCAAUAAUACGAAAUCGUGUCGAGAAAAACUAGAUUGUUAUCAAACUAAAGUUAGAGAGAAUCUUGUAACUAUUAAUUCGAUUUUGGAUGAAUUGCAAACGUUCGGACGUGAAACAAACAUUUCAUCUACAAACAGGACAUUGUAUGAAGCAAUUGUUCAGAAUAAAAAACAACUCUUUGCACUGCAGGAUCGAUAUCGUAAAGCGAUCUUCGCAGCCAAUUCAGCUUUAGAAACUUUUGAAAAAGCUGAACUUACUAGUCGUUCUUCAAGAACUGAAAUUGGUAACAAGAUUUCCAGUCUAGAAGAACAAUAUCAAAACUCAUUGGAACUUACUCAAGAUAUGACAAGAUAUGCUAGACUUUUAGCUGAAGAAGUUCAACGUGGGGCUGUUAAUGCUGAAUUACUUGAAAAUUCAUCAAAUAAAUUAAUAUCUAAUUAUUCUGAACUGAAAGAAAUGGCUGGACAUAUGAAUCAGUCAAAACAUUUAACAUCUUUGGCUCGUCGGCGUCGUUUUGCAGAAAGAGUGCUUUUCUUUCUAGCAUUUUCAUUUUUCUUUUUAAGUUGUGGAACUAUAUUUUUACAUAGGAUACCUAUGGGAUAUUGGUUUUUGCCAUCUAGUUAUUAGUUUUCUAAUAAUUGUCUGGUUUCCUAUGGAAUUACUUAUGCAUAAUUAAAUUGCGUUACCUUUAUAUAUAUAUAUAUAUAUAUAUAUAUAUAUAUAUAUAAAUAUAUAUAUUCUAUUCUCUUCAAUUCAAUCUCCUGCUGCCAGGCAUUCCACUUUCGAUUACUAAUACAUACUACUUAUAUCUGUCAGCCUAAGUAGCAUACAUGAAAUAUAUAUUACUACAGAUUUAAUUUUUUAUGUAUAUAAACUACUGGUCGUCUUAAUUUCAAUGUAAAAAUUAAAAUAAUAUUUCCGAAUAUCUGUUUUUCGAUAUUUUUGUAUAACUGUAUGUAACAAAUAUAUUACUUUUUUCAUGUGGUAAAUUGCCCAAAUUGGUUACUUUAUUAUCAGCUUAAGUUAGACAGAAAUUGAUUGAUCAACGGUUCGAUCAACCUGUGCUAAUCUUUCCAGCUUGUUUUCUAAGGUGAUCCAGCUUUUUCUUGAAUGUGUUCACUGAUGAGGCUGAUAAUUCUUGUUCGGUUAGGGCAUUCCAGUCAUUGACCACUCGAUGA